AUGGCGUCUAGCGACAAGAAGCCUCUGCCGACGCCGGCCUCAACAGGAGGCGACGGCGGCCCGCCGGGGAAGCCGACGACCAUGUCGACGAUGAUGCUCGACAAGGGCGCGGCGGCGCUGCAGUCGCUGCGCCCGGUGAAGCAGAUCAAUCAGCACGUGUGCACGUUCGCGCUGUACGCGCACGACCCGCACCGGCAGGUGGAGACCCACCACUACGUCUCCCGCCUCACCCAGGACGUCCUCCAGUGCCCCGUCUACGACUCCGACGACAAGAACGCUCGCCUCAUCGGCGUGGAGUACAUCGUGUCGAGGAAGAUCUUCGAGGCGCUGCCGAAGGAGGAGCAGAGGCUGUGGCACUCGCACGCGCACGAGAUCAAGGCGGGGCUGUGGGCGAGCCCGCGGGUGCCGGAUCUGCUGGAGAAGACGAAGCGGGACCACAUGGCCGGCACCUUCGGCAAGUUCUGGUGCACCUGGCAGGUGGACCGCGGCGACCGCCUCCCGCUCGGCGCGCCCGCGCUCAUGGUGUCGCCCCAGGCCGAGCGCAUCGCCACCGUGCUCCCUGACCUCGUGAGGAAGCGCGACCAGAAGUACGGCUUCUCCACGGAGGAGCUCAAGUCGGCGAGGGCCGACGUCGAGGUGCCGGUGGAUCCGCGCCCGGGCCAGGCAGACUACUGGGUCCGCCACCACAAGGGGUUCGCCGUGGACGUCGUGCCGCACGAGAUGAAGCGCCACGCGCCGUUCCCGUGA